UAUAGUGACCAUAGUUUGUAUGUCUGGGAUAUCACUGAUGUCAAGAAAGUUGGCAAGAUUAGGUCCUCACUUUAUCACAGUGCCUGUGUAUGGGGUUUGGAGGUUUAUCCUGAUAUUCCCCCAGAAGCAAGCAGUGAAUCGCCAAUGCCACCAGGAACAUUCUUCACUGCCUCUAAUGAUGAUACUGUCAGAGUCUGGAAUAUUGAGGAAGGAUUAGAUAUUUCUACGGUAAAGAAUAUCUAUAGCAAGGAGCUUCUAAGAAUCCUAUAUGUAGAUCCAGCGUAUUCAAACUUGAAGGACACUGAAAUGAAUCCCACMUCUAAGAAUGUCCGUGAUGUUGGUCCAGAGAGUAAGGGAGGUGUUCGUUGUAUUCGUGCAAGUCCUGAUGGAUUAUUGUUAGCUGUUGGUGAGAGAUCUGGCAAUGUUAGAGUAUAUGAAUUUAUGUUCUUYGAUGAGAUAUUAAAUAUUGAUGCUCAUGAGUCAGAAGUCCUUUGUCUUGAGUUCUCUCCUCCUGAGUCAGGUAAAUAUACAGUAUGUUGAACUGGUCGUGAUCGCUUGCUGCAUGUAUUUGAUGUCAAUAAGAACUUUACUCUUAUUCAGACACUAGAUGACCAUUCAGCAUCRAUAACGUCUAUCAAAUUCAGUGUUGAUGAGGGUGGUUCCCUGUUACUACUAAGCUGCAGCGCUGACAAGUCGGUCAUAUUUAGAAGUGCACAAAAUAAUCCUGACCUUCAGUUUGUAAGGAAUACUAACUAUGUUGGCAAAACAACCUUGUACGAUAUGGUGGUGGAUUUGUCCAGGGGUGUUGCUGCAGUUGCUUGUCAAGAUAGAAAUAUAAGAGUUUAUGACAGUCUUACUGGAAAACAGACCAAGUGUUAUAAAGGGUCACAAAGUGAUGAUGGUACUCUGGUCAAGAUCACCAUGGACAAUUCAGGAUACUUUGCUGCUACUAGUAGUUCAGAUAAAUCUCUUUCACUUUAUGAAUUUGAGUCAGGCGAAUGUAUGGCUACUAUGUAUGGACAUUCAGAGAUUGUAACAGGAAUGCGUUUCACCAAUGACUUGAAAAAGUUAAUCACAGUGUCUGGUGAUGGAUGUGUGUUCAUCUGGACAAUCCCUACAACCUACCAACAGGUAACUGUAUAUGACGACACAAUACUUUUGGAAUUAGGACAAGACCUACCUCAGGACCUUGAAACACCUCUCAGGAGAGGAACAUACCAAGUAGAUGGUGGUAACACUGUAACAACACAGGAUACUAAUGGCAUUGACUCUCCAUCCAAAGACUUCUUGACAGAGAAACUAGAAGUGAAUCCUCCAGUUGCUGACUAUAGAUUCAGUAUAGGACAGUUACCAUCAUGGGCUAAAAAACAGAUUAUUGCAGAACGUGAUGGUCCUGCUUCACCUCACUCAGAAUCACAAAAUGGAGAUCAAUUAUCAGAGGUUCACUCAUCUGAAUCGUCCAGUCAUCAAAGCAUUGGUACAGAGAACAACAGCACAGAACAGCAUAUCAGUACAGAACAGACCUCACAACCAGCAGGACGAUGGGGACAGAGAGCAGGUAAUGUAGAACUCCAUGUAGUAACAGAAAAAAGUCCACAAAGACCUGUAUCCCUACCACUAGACUUAUCGUCACCAGAACGGAAAAGGUUCUCUACAGGAGCCUGGCAGGAGCAAGUGGAUGUUCUCUCUAAGAGUCCAUUAGAAAGGAAAUGCUCUCUUACUUCUGGUGAAGAUGAUGAUCUUUUCCCAGUCAAUAGCAAGACAUCACUAGAAACAUUGAAAGAAGAUGAAAUCCAUACAAAGUCUAAGUCACCUGAACCAAGRUCAAGAAAGUUCUCUACUGAGAAUCUUGUCUUGAUAGAAACAGAAGAAAUCAAGUUUGAAGAAGCACUUGAAGCUAAAGAUGACGACAUCAAAGAGAGCAUCAUAUACUUCCCACAAUCACAGGACGACUUAGAGACAGAGACUGUAAGUCCCUUUCCUGGAGUAAAAGAAAUGACUCGUCGUUUUGAGUCAUUGACUAAUGGCAAUAGACAUUGGCAUCGAGUUCAGUUGAUCCACAAUACGACACAGCAGUUUAGAUCAACACUCCCUCCUUCUAACUACAAUACCUAUCCACUUGAUUUUAGACCAGUUAACAUUGAAAAAUCGGACAGGUCUUUCCAGGUUACAGCAGCUGAUAAACCAGAGCGCAGAUCAGUUGGUGAUGAUGAGAUCAAGGAAGACAUUGGAAACAAGAUAACAGCAGAUGAAUCAUCAAGUGAUGAAGAGGAAGAUCCAUUGUCCGUCCUUGAGGAUGUCAAGCCUGAAGACGAAACCAAGACAAAACUCAACCAAGAAGAAGAACAACAACAAGAAGAAGUCAAAAAGUACUUUGAAUGUCUUGCUUCAACACCAACCAAAGAAAAACCACCCGAGUUUCCAAGAGCACCAACACCUGAAGACAGCAAACUUGAUAAACCUCUACCUUUCCUUCCUGGACGCCUGAGCAUCUCGGCCAGGUUUUUGUCCCGAUCACUUCUCACAACCACACGUCAACACGGAAUGGACACUGAAGAUCUGCGAGCAACAUCACUAGAAGAGCAUAAGCUAGAAAUACAAAGGCGUCGCGAAGAAAUGACUCGCGCUGUGGAUGUCAAUCGUAGACGACUUACCGCAGUAAGUACCAAAACAAAGACAUCUUGUGGUAUUACUAUUGCUGCUACUCUUGUUAGUGCUGGUUGUGGCGUAGUUGUUACUGUUGCUGUCUUAAGAAAAGCAAAAGAGGAAAGGGAGCUGAAUUUUUUUGGUGUUUCAACAGUAUCAAUAACUCUAAAGCCAUCACCUCCCCGUCGCAUUUUUUUUGACAUGAAUGGACCAGCUGAUUAUCGUCGCCAUUCCCUGUUCCCUUUGAAGAGCUGA